AGUGUCAUAUGUGAUUUCAAUGUGUUUUUUCUGUAAGUGGCACAGGAUCUCUCAGGAGCCAGCUGGUUUAUUCCCAGCUGCCUACGCAUGCUUGACUGGUUUAUAAUGCAUUACUGUAUUUUCUUCAGAGAUCUUAAUGAAGUAGCUAGCUGUGGAAGAAUCUGGACCCCAAAAUAAAAAUGACUUUCCAUGUGGAAGGCCUGAUAGCUAUCAUCGUAUUCUACCUUCUAAUAUUACUGGUUGGAAUAUGGGCUGCCUGGAGAACCAAAAACAGCGGCAGCUCAGAAGAGCGCAGCGAGGCCAUCAUAGUUGGUGGCCGAGACAUUGGUCUGCUGGUGGGUGCAUUUACCAUGACAGCCACCUGGGUCGGAGGAGGUUACAUCAAUGGGACAGCUGAAGCAGUGUAUGUACCAGAUUAUGGUCUAGCUUGGGCUCAGGCACCAAUUGGAUAUUCUCUUAGUCUGAUUUUAGGUGGUUUGUUCUUUGCAAAGCCUAUGCGUUCCAAGGGAUAUGUGACCAUGUUAGACCCGUUUCAACAGAUCUAUGGAAAACGCAUGGGUGGGCUCCUAUUUAUUCCCGCUCUAAUGGGAGAAAUGUUUUGGGCUGCAGCCAUUUUCUCUGCCUUAGGAGCCACCAUCAGUGUGAUCAUUAGUGCCAACGUGCAAGCUUCUGUCAUCGUCUCUGCAUUGAUUGCCACUCUGUAUACACUAGUGGGUGGUCUCUACUCUGUGGCUUACACGGAUGUAGUUCAGCUUUUCUGCAUCUUCAUAGGCCUGUGGAUCAGCGUCCCUUUUGCCCUGUCACAUUCUGCAGUUACUGACAUUGGGUACACUGCUCUGCAUACCAAGUACCAAAAGCCUUGGCUGGGGACCAUUGAAUCAUUUGAAGUCUACACUUGGCUUGAUAGUUUUCUGCUGUUGAUGCUGGGUGGAAUCCCAUGGCAAGCCUACUUCCAAAGGGUCCUCUCUUCAUCCUCAGCCACCUAUGCUCAAGUGUUGUCUUUCCUGGCAGCUUUUGGGUGCCUCAUCAUGGCUCUACCAGCCAUACUCAUUGGGGCCAUAGGAGCAUCAACAGACUGGAACCAGACUACAUACAGGCCUCCAGAUCCCAAGGGCAACAAGGAAGCAGACAUGAUUUUACCAAUUGUUCUGAAGUAUCUCUGCCCUGUGUACAUUUCUUUCUUUGGUCUUGGUGCAGUUUCUGCUGCUGUUAUGUCAUCAGCAGAUUCUUCAAUCUUGUCAGCUAGUUCCAUGUUUGCCAGGAACAUCUACCAGCUUUCAUUCAGACAAAAUGCAUCAGACAAGGAAAUCAUCUGGGUUAUGCGAAUCACAGUGUUUGUGUUUGGAGCUUCAGCCACAGCCAUGGCCUUACUAACGAAGACCGUGUAUGGGCUCUGGUACCUCAGCUCAGACCUCGUUUACAUCAUCAUCUUCCCACAGCUGCUCUGUGUGCUCUUCGUCAAGGGAACCAAUACAUAUGGGGCCGUGGCAGGUUAUGUGUCUGGCCUUUUCUUGAGAAUAACCGGAGGGGAGCCGUAUCUGUACCUACAGCCCUUGAUCUUUUACCCUGGUUAUUACUCUGAUAAGAAUGGCAUUUAUAAUCAGAGAUUCCCAUUUAAAACCCUUGCCAUGGUUACCUCAUUCUUAUCCAACAUUUGCAUCUCCUAUCUAGCCAAAUACCUAUUUGAAAGUGGAAAGUUGCCACCCAAAUUAGAUGUAUUUGAUGCUGUUGUCGCAAGGCACAGUGAAGAAAACAUGGAUAAGACAGUUCUGGUCAAAAAUGAAAAUAUUAAAUUGGAUGAACUUGCACCUGUGAAGCCCCGACAGAGCCUAACUCUCAGCUCCACUUUUACCAAUAAGGAGGCCUUUGUCGACGUCGACUCCAGCCCAGAAGGAUCGGGGACUGAAGAUAACUUGUAAUGACCCCAUCCAAAUAAAAUACUGUUUUCAUGAACAGAGUGCCAAUAGCAGGCUAGUCCAGGAAGGAUGGGUGGCAGCAUAUAAAAAAAUAUACUUUAAGAACAAACAGCAUUCAGGAGGUCAAAAAUCCAUAUAAAAGUGCAAUUGCACAAAUGCAAGUCAAGCUACAAGGAAGCAUCUGUGAAAGCAACAGCUUGCAUCGAUAUUUCUCAUCCCCAUUUGAUUCUGACUCUAGUUAGUUUUGUUAAGUAUUCAAAAUCGAAUUAAGCCCUACUCGAAGAACAGAGGGCCAAACAGAGUAUUUAUCUUUAUUCUGAAAAAAAGAAGUAGAUACAAAAGAGCAAAGGAAAUCAGGUGAACUUGAUCCAGACCUUGUCCACUAACAUGCUAGUGGGUUUAGUUUAUUGUCAUUAGUGAAUCAGGAGAGGAACUGGCCAUCACUCCAAUGAAUGGUGCAACAAAUUAACCAGUGAUUAUCCUGAUGUGUUGAUUAAUCCCUUCUUUCAUGUCCUUAACUAGAAUGUUUGCUGAAUAUGCAAUUCAUUUCCCUUUUUGUAGUGGCACGACAUAUUACUCUGAGCACAGACAAAACAAACACACACAACAUAUUGUGUUGUGGCAUUUCUUUAGGUACAAGGUAAUAGGAAAAUCGAAUCCAUCUUGUAGAGAAGCACUGGUUCAUUUGAGUGUAUCUAAGAGCUACCAUAUGCAUUGAGACACGUUCCUAGAGGGUGGAAGGCAUGAUUAUUAGGCAACCUUAAAGCAAUAAAUCAAGAAUGCCAUCAAGCAGAAGGUGAUAGGAAAACGAGUGGAUUUUUACCUUCAUCUGAGGUUUAUGUAGUUUUGUUUCAUGAUAAAAGUAGUAAUGUUGUGGUUUCCUAUCUAAAUUAGUAUUGGAAGGGAAAUUGAGUCAUAUGUAAGGUGAGGUAGCAGCAUAGCACCAGUUAAGAUUAAUGAGGCAUGAACAGCACCUCUUGAUAAAACUAGAAAAACAAAACCCUCUCAACUUUGGACAUUCAUUAAUGAAGAUGAUUUAGUGUCAAGACAGUAACUCUGUGGCACUUAAUGCAAAGCCAAUCUUAGGUACUAGACAAAUCACCACUACAGAGAGUAGAUACUGAAUUUUAAAAUGCAGAAGAAAGCAGAAGUAAAAAUAUGUACUAAAGGGAAAAAGCCAUCAAUUUUAACAUUUGGCAUCCACAUAACUUUCAUGAGAUGGUCAUUAAAUAUUAUUUUACUUCUUUUCUGGAGUUAAAAAAUACGUGUGUGUAUAUAUAUAUAUAUACAUUUAUAUGUAUAUAUAUGUGUAUAUAUAUGUAUAUAGCAGGGAUGAGGCAUAUAUAUUUGCAAUGAUUUGUAUCCAUUUUAGAAUUUUAAAUGCUUUCCCAGUAGUCACAUUGUAGAAAUAACAAGGGCUGUGUCUAUAAAAACAGAGUGAAUUGAUAAGCUAAAUUAUCUGAGCAUUUGAUCCAAUAAGGAAAGGCAACAUGACUUAUUUAAACUAAAGCACUUUGUCCAAAAACACUUGUUUUGCAAUUUGUAGACAAAAUGAAGUUAAUUCAGUGUUCAACAUUAAGCAUAAAAGAUGUGUUCAAGAAGCUAGAAUUCCUUUUAAAAAAUUUUCAAUUGUCUACAAGCAUCAAAUAAUACGUCUCCUUUGUCAUUAAACAUGAGUUAGAUUCAUCAGGUAAUUUAUUUAUUUAUUUUAUCAGAUAAUUUUUAAAAUAUGAAUUAAAUAUUUUACAUGUUGAAAUGUCCCAUAUUUUAAUGCUUUAUCAGAGCUUGAUGGAGAAUAUGAUGUCACAUUCAGAGUCUUUAUAGAACAUCAUCCAUACUUGAUAAUAAUGAGAAUAAUAAUAAUAAUGAGAAUUCUUCUCAUUCAUCAAUUUGCUCAGAAUCUUCUCUAUACCUAGUAUACAAUGAAGGACUUGGAAAGAAGCUGUAAGUGUGGGAGUCCCAAGAUUCUAAGACAUGAAUGGAGAGAAGAACCCAGGGCAGGAAGCUCACAAAGACAAAGUGCAGUAAUGGAAACAUUUGGCAUGGAAAAGUGAUUAACUGUUGGGGAUGCAGUUCCUGGCAGAUCUGCUCCUUCAGAUGUGCCAUGCUUUCCAGCACACCGUCUGAAUAACUGUACGUACUCCAUCACUCUGAGUUCUUACUUCAACCUAGUAAGACACCAGAUUCCAUAGAAAACAUCACCUGUGUUGCAAUAGAAUACAACAGGGGCUUAGAGUCUCUUUGAAGAUGUUACAGUUUACAAUUUUACUGGGCAAAAGGUGUCCAUAUAUGUUCAAAUAUGUGCAAUAACUAUGUUUAAGUCCAGUGAAAUGGAAUAAAUAUUAACAGUGAAAAUUUCUUUAAUUCCAUUCAUUAAUAUCUAAUAAUAGAAAGAUAAAGGGAAAAUUUAUCUUGUCUAAGAUAUUAAAAACUAGAUAAAUAAUGUGAAUCAACAAAUAGUGUCCUAUUUUUAUUUCACGUUAUUUCAUACCUACUUUCAAACUAGAUUUAUAAAAAACUAGUUUAGUAUAAAAUCCACUAAUACAUGUAGAUUUUAAAGGACAAAAAAUGUUGAUGAUCAAAAAGAAUGAAAAAAUGAUCACAGGGUCAUUACGCACAUUAUCCCAUUUCCAGGGAAGGAAUACUGUUGUGACACUCAGAAGACAUUGCCUAAUGCUCAUCCCUGCUCUGAUUUGACAUCAUGGGUAAUGCUGGUGGCUUUGUAUUCUUCCCGCUAGUCAGUUGAUUUAAUUUUCAAAAAUCCAUUCUUGAUGAAAAUAAGACAAUGGAAACAUGUGAUACACUGGCUAUAUUAACCUCUGGAGGCAAUACUUGGAUAAAGCAUUAAAAUAAAACAUAUUUUAUUUUCAUACUUCCACAUUAAUUAUAACAUGUUUCUUGGGUAAUUUAAAAUUUUUUCCCACACAUAUUUUCCAAAACAUCAAGCUUGUAGCUGAACUGAAAAGUCAUCAGGCUUUCAAGUUCUCAGUGUCAAAAUUCAACUUUGUUGCUACAGUUAAAAAUAAUGAAUUUUAUGUGAAUGUGAAAUGAAUGUAAGCUUGAAAUAAGUGAAUCUAAUGUAAUGGCUAUUAGCAUUUUUCAUUUGGAAAUAAUGAACUGACAUUGUUUUUUAAACAUAAAGUGUGACUUUUUCUUCUUAGUUUCUGAGAAAAUUUACUCCGGCAUCAUGUGUAAUUUGUUGUAAGUUUGCUAUUGAAUGGACAGAUACAUAUAAUGGUUCUAAACAUAUAUUUUUGUCUGUCAAAAUAUUAUAUAAACUAUGCUUAAAAUAAGUAGAUUUGCAGCUCUAAUAUGUGUAAAUGUUUUCAAUGUAAUGGUAUUGUAUUAAAUUGUGCUGGUGCAAUUCAGGA